UCCACGUACAUUCCUCCCCGGCUCUGCAUCCUGUUCUCAGAGGUCGCGCAGGUUAAGCAGAGAGGGUGCGCACGAUAAAUUCUCAACUAAACAUGUUGCUUCGGUGCAAGAUCGCUGUGAUCUCGGCUCUCUUAUGUAUUGCUGUCACCGGCGUUGUAUGCCAAGCUCCCGCCACCUCUCCUUCAUCCACUCCGGCGCCUCCUACGCCUCAGACGCCCACACCUCCAACCUCUGCCCCACCGCCCGCCACAACCUCUCCACCAGCUAGCCAGCCACCACAAGCAGCAACUCCACCUCCUACUUCUGCACCACCUCCGGUGACAGCGUCUCCACCACCUGCAGCAACUCCUCCUCCUUCUUCACCUCCUCCUGCAACUCCGCCUCCAGCCACUCCUCCUCCAGCCACUCCUCCUCCAGCAACUCCACCACCAGCAUCUCCUCCUCCGGCAACUCCUCCACCAGCAUCUCCUCCUCCGGCAACUCCUCCACCAGCAUCUCCUCCUCCUGCAACUCCUCCACCAGCGACUCCACCUCCCGCAUCUCCUCCUCCAGCAACUCCACCUCCAGCUCCCUUAGCUUCUCCUCCUGCGCUGGUUCCGGCCCCAGCACCAACGAAGCUGAAGGCUUCCGCACCAGCUCCAUUAACAAGCCCGCCAGCUCCACUGACGGAGGCUCCUGCGCCAAGUCUCGGAGCCAGUGCACCAGCACCAGUCGGAGCCGGAUCUGAUGUGAGUGGAGUAGGGAAGAUGUGGUCAGUGCAGAGAAUGGUGGGAACCUUGGCCUUGGGAUGGGCUCUUCUCUUUGUUUUGCUACUCUAGACAUGUCUCUCCUCCUGUCUCCUGUGUCAUUGCUUCUGCCCUUCUCCAUUUAAUCAAUGGUUGACACCAUUGCUGCUGGGACUUUGUUUUACUACAUGUAUUUGAGUUUACAUACAUUCGGUUGUAUUCUUUGAGAGAUUUUUGAGGGUAGCCUUUCCCAUUUAGAGAGGAUCAGAUUGUUUUGUAUGGGAUUUGUUUGGGGCGGCUUUUCCUCAUUGUCUCAUGAUUUCAUUUUUCAGUAUCAUUACUAGCUUCACAUUCCACUGAUUAUUAUUUUU